CGCCCGCGACGUGGUGACCCCCGUGCCGCUGUCCCACGGUGAGGAGCGGGGCCGGUCGGACCGGGCGCCCCUCGUGCUGCUCCACGGGCUCUUCGGCAGCCGCUCCAACCUCCAGGCCGUGGCCAAGGCGCUGGUCCGCGGCGGUACCGGCACGGUGCUGACGGUGGACGCCCGGAACCACGGCAGCAGCCCCCACAGCCCGCUGAUGACCUAUGAAGUGAUGAGUCUGGACGUGCAGCAUCUGCUGAGCCGCCGGGGCAUCACCAAGUGCAUCCUGCUGGGGCACAGCAUGGGGGGCAAGACGGCCAUGACCCUGGCCUUGCAGCGGCCGGACCUGGUGGAGCGCCUCAUCUCAGUCGACAUCGGUCCCACCUCAACCGCACCCGUCUCCGAGUUCUCUGCCUACAUCUCUGCCAUGAAGUCAGUGAGGAUCCCGGAUGGUCUGCCCCGCUCCGCAGCCCGCCAGCUGGCUGACCAGCAGCUGUGUCCGGUGGUCCAGCACCCACAGCUGAGGCAGUUCUUGCUCACCAACCUGGUAGAGGUGGACGGCCACUACGUCUGGCGAGUGAACCUGGACGCUAUUUCCCAGCACUUGGUAGAUAUCAUGAACUUCCCCAUCUUCCACAAGCCGUAUCCUGGGCCUGCACUCUUCCUGGGAGGAUCGGACUCGCCUUAUAUCAGGUCCGAAGACUACCCGGAGAUCCAGCGCCUCUUCCCCAGAGCUGAUGUCCAGUACAUUGCAGGGGCAGGCCAUAUAGUCCAUCAGGAUAAAUUUGGGGAAUUCAUCACUGCUGUCCUCAGUUUCCUGCAAGCCUCAUGUGGGUCCUGAGGAGCUCCAGGCAGUGCUGCAGAACUCUGGGCUCUGCAAGAAGGGAUUCAGCCUGUGCUGGCUGCCCACCUGCAGCCCGGUCAUGCCUGAAAGACCUUGGAGUGGAGAGGCACAUCCAUCCCACUGAGCUCUGACACCUUGCAGGGACAGGGGGUGGUGACACAGGCCAGGGACACUGCCCUGCCUGCACAGCCUGUCCUGUCCGCACUGGCUUCACUGGGGUACCUCAGACAGUGGGCAGGGGCAGGAGAACCCUCUUGUUCUGCUGCCAGACCACUGGUGAUCUGGCUGUUGACUGCAGAACAUGCAAUAAAGCUGAAUCCGUGCCA